GUCAAAGCAGAGUCUGCCCCUCCCCGCGCCGUUCUUUUUGGUUCCCCACUCCCCAGUCCCCGCCGCCGCCGAAACCCGCAGAUGGAGGUCGUCGUCGCCGCGAAGCAGAAGGCGAAGAAACACAUACACCUCUUCUACUGCUCAGAAUGCGAGGAGCUCGCCCUCAAGAUCGCCGCCAGCUCCGACGCCAUCGAGCUCCAAUCCAUCAACUGGCGGAGCUUCGACGACGGGUUCCCGAACCUGUUCAUCAACAAGGCGCACGACAUCCGUGGGCAGCACGUGGCGUUCCUGGCCUCCUUCAGCUCGCCGUCGGUCAUAUUCGAGCAGAUCUCCGUCAUCUUCGCGCUGCCCAAGCUAUUCAUUGCCUCAUUCACUCUCGUGCUGCCUUUCUUCCCCACGGGCUCAUUCGAGCGCGUUGAGGAGGAGGGCGAUGUCGCCACCGCGUUCACCCUCGCGCGCAUUCUCUCGAUGAUCCCCAAGUCGCGCGGCGGGCCUACCAGCGUCGUCAUCUACGACAUCCACGCGCUCCAGGAGAGGUUCUACUUCGGGGACGACGUCCUGCCAUGCUUCGAGACAGGGAUCCCGCUCCUGCUGCAGCGCCUCCGCCAGCUCCCGGACGCAGAAAAUAUCACCAUUGCCUUUCCAGAUGACGGUGCGUGGAAGCGGUUCCACAAGCUGUUACAGCACUUUCCAAUGAUAGUCUGUAACAAGGUUCGGGAAGGUGACAAGAGAAUAGUUCGUAUAAAGGAAGGACUACCUGAAGGCCGUCAUGUUGUUAUUGUUGAUGAUUUAGUGCAAUCUGGGGGAACUCUUAGAGAAUGCCAGAAAGUUCUAGCUUUGCAUGGCGCUGCAAAAGUCAGUGCUUAUGUGACUCAUGCUGUGUUUCCUAAGCAGUCAUAUGAACGUUUCAUGGCGUCUAGUUCUGCUGGGCCAGGUGACAGAUUUGCUUACUUCUGGAUCACGGACUCAUGCCCACACACAGUAAAAGCUAUUGGGCAAAGACCUCCAUUUGAGGUUCUGAGCCUCGCUGGCUCAAUUGCAGAUGCUCUUCAGAUAUGAGCGUACACUGGUAGAUGGGCAUGGGCUUGGAUUGUUGAUGCCCACCAGAUUGAAACUUGUACUAUGAGGUGGAAUGCUCCCGCUUUUCCUAAAUGUAAGAGUUGGUUUCCAGUUCCUGGAAAAGCAAAUAAUGUGUAGUAAGUUAAGUACCUGAAGGUUCCAUAAACAGCCCUGUGGUUUGUAAUAAAAUCAGGCAUUGGAUAC